GACGCACGUGCGCCGCGUCAUGAGCUACCUGGUGGAAGUGCUGGACUUCGACUGGAACCAGCCGCCGCACAGCAACGGCCACCGGCCGACGAGCUCUGGGUCACUUGUCAGCCGGCUGGGGCGCUGCUGCGUGGCGCCGGCCACCCGCGGACGCGCCGCCAGCCAGGACUCCCUCGGCAGCCAGUCCGACGGAGGCGAGGGGCCGCGGGCCGCCUCGCAGCCCCGGCGGAGGAGCGGGAGCCGCGAUCGAGGCGCAGCCCCUCACGGCCAGCAGGGCGGCGGGCCCUCCGGCGCCCGGCG